AACGGAAAAGGCAGGGGCAAGCUAGACAGCGCCUGCCGAAAGUUACAUACUUGACUCACCUCACAUAGAAAUUCAUGCCAUCUUCGGUGGAAAAAAACCGAAGACGAGAUGCUUGAAAGCUCACAGCUCGGCCACAUUGCAUCCCGUGAUAUCCUCCUGCGAACUCCGCAUCAGCAAGGCCAUGUUCUGUUCUUCACUCCGCAAGCGUCCGGAAUGGACGCCGGCGAUUCCCCUCCUGACCGGCAGCGCGCCCCGACUCCAAGAGAGCAGGUUGAGCACGCACGACAUCGCGCUCCCCCUCCCGCAGCAGCAGCAGGGCCGCUUCCUCCGCCUGGUCCUCCUCUCGCCAAAGGACGUCGGGGCGGCAGCUACGGAGGAGCGCCUGGAGCGCCUCUUCAACCUCGACGGAGGCCGCGACGCGGCGGUAGUCUUUCUCCUCGACCAGCAAGGACGAGACACGAACCCGACGGAGGCCUUCAUGACCCUACAGAUUGACAUUCUCAACAAGCUCGAACUCCCUCUGAUCCCUUUAGCAUCUGUGGCAGCCCUCCCAUCCACCCUCGCCAACCUUCAGACCGUCCCCGUCCCCAUACAACCCACCGAAUCCCCGGCCCAAGUCGCCCCCAUCUCUCUCUUUCAGCACAUGAGUAGCGGCAGCGGCCCCCUUUCGGAGCACGCAACAAACCUUCUCAGUGAAUUGGGGCGAUCACCGUGUGAAGUGGCCGUUCUUGCCGCGACGGACCAGGGGAGAGCGCAGAUCCUGGAUCUACUUGGGCCGGCAGAGGGAACCCGAGUUCUUUCGUUUCUAGCACAAGAGAGGCCAGUCUUCGCUUGAAUAGAGACAAGCAAGGAAAUCCAGGAGGGGAGGGACUUCCAUCGAUGCCUGGUGCUGUGAAAAGCUGGGGGGAUCGUGAUGCAGCGCCGGAUAGGCGACUUCCAGUUCUCCUGCGAGGAACGACAGUGGCAAUACGAGCUGGCUGAGUCCACAGAGGGGAACCGUGGUAGGGGGGGGGCAUGGUUUGGGGGGGAGGAUGGGGAAAGGAAUACGGAGAGGCUGUGUUCCAUGUGCAGCGCCAGGGGAGACAUGAGACGAGAAAAGGGGGUUGAUGGCUCGGCGGCGAUACCAUCUUGACGAGCGGUGAGUGGGGGCUAGGAGGACAGCAGACGAA